CGUUAUUUUUUCAGGAACUAAAAGAUCAAAUGGCAUCAAGGAUGUUCAACGCAGGAGUGACCGAGAGACAAUCAACCACGAGGCCACCUUUGUUCGAUGGAACAAACUACUCAUAUUGGAAGGAGAGGAUGAGAAUCUUUAUCCAAUCCAACGACUACAAGCUGUGGUUGAUUGUAAAGAACGGCUGCGGAGUCCCGAUGAAGAAAGUCGGUAAAGUCAACAUUCCCAAAACCGAAGAGGAGUUCACCGACGAAGACUGCAAAAAGAUGGAGCUCAACGCAAAGGCAAUAAACAUGAUUUAUUGCGGUGUUAAUGCGGAUGACUACCGCAAAAUCUCGCGGUGUGAAACCGCAAAACAAAUGUGGGAAAAAUUGGAGGUCACCUACGAAGGAACCGCGCAGGUUCGGGAGGCCAAAAUCGACCAUCUCACUCACGAGUAUGAACUCUUUUCAAUGAAGGAAAAUGAGAAGAUUGAGGAAAUGUUUGAGAGAUUCUCUAACAUCAUCAAUCCUCUCAAUCUUCUUGGGAAGACAUACACCGACCGAGAGCUCGUGAGAAAGGUGCUGCGAAGCCUAUCCCCCAAAUGGCGUUCAAAGGUGGACGCAAUCGAAGAAGGUCGUGACUUCCAAACAACGACCUAUGAUGCUCUUCGAGGUAAUCUUAUUACCUACGAAACCACCCAACUCUCAAAGGUGGUUGAAGAGAGGAACAAGAGGUCUAUUGCUCUACCCGCAACAACAUCAACCCACAACAACGUUGAUGAAGAAGAUGAUGACAACGACGACACCGACCUCGGACUCUUUGUCCGAAAAUUCAAGAAGAUGAUGCUCAAGAAGGGAGCCAAGAAGAACACUCCACCCAAAUGCUAUGGGUGUGGUGAAAUUGGACACAUCAAACCAAUGUGUCCGAAGCUCAAGAACGAGAAGGACAAGAGGGCACCGAAGAAGCAACGUGCUUACAUCUCUUGGGAGAACGACGGCUCCGGGAGUGAAGACUCGGAAACGGAGGAAGUGGCCAACUUAUGUCUCAUGGCCAUUGAAGAUGGUGAUACAUCAAAAGAG